AUGCGGAGCCCGUGCGCUGUAGCCCGCGCCUUGGUCCUGGCCGGCCUCUGGCUGGCCUCAGCUGCGGGCCCCCUCGCCCUCUCGGACGCGGGGCCGCACGUGCACUACGGCUGGGGCGAGGCCAUCCGCCUGCGGCACCUGUACACCGCCGGCCCCCACGGCCCCUCCAGCUGCUUCCUGCGCAUCCGCGCGGAUGGGGCGGUGGACUGCGCGCGGGGCCAGAGCGCGCACAGUUUGGUGGAAAUCCGGGCUGUCGCCCUGCGGAACGUGGCUAUCAAGGGCGUGCACAGCGUCCGAUACCUCUGCAUGGGAGCCGACGGCAGGAUGCUAGGGCUGCUUCAGUACUCCGCUGACGACUGCGCCUUCGAGGAGGAGAUCCGCCCGGACGGCUACAACGUGUACCACUCCAAGAAGCACCACCUCCCCGUCUCUCUGAGCAGUGCCAAGCAGAGGCAACUGUACAAGGACAGGGGAUUCCUGCCCCUGUCCCAUUUCCUCCCCAUGCUGCCCAGGAGCCCGACGGAGCCCGAGAACUUCGAAGACCACUUGGAGGCCGACACGUUUUCCUCGCCCCUGGAGACAGACGACAUGGACCCUUUUGGGAUCGCCAGUAAAUUGGGGCUGGAGGAAAGUCCCAGCUUCCAGAAGUAA